CCAACAUCGUGCACUGACACUCUCAGGCGCACUUUUCAAACCCGGAAGGUACAAAGACGAGCAACAUUAUCGCGACAAAUUACAAGAUGUUUGAAUUCCAAAUCCCCGUGUCUCGAGACGACUUGCUGACCAAAACAAGUGUCAACCAAUACGCCGUGGAAGAGAUCCUGACACACAGACUAGUUCAAGGAGCUCUUCAAGAUUUCAAAUAUGCCACCCGAUCCAACAGUUUUGCCGUUAUUGAUAAUUUUGACUCACUCUUCAGCAUCUUGUGUCUACAGAGGGAUCUUGAUGCUGCAGUGAAAGAGGAGACAUGGGAUUGCUUGUUGAAAGCUGCCCGGGGCGUAGCCAGUCAAGUGUCCAGUGUGGUGGAGGAGACUGGUAUUGACCCAGACACCCGCGCCCACAACCUGAACCUGGUCAAGAUGACCGUAUACCUCCUGUGUCAGUUCAUCGAGAUGUUUGAGACGGACUUCCACAAAGCUAAUGCUGUACAGAUCAGCAUCUCCAAGGGUCGAAAAUCCCAGAAGAAGCGUGUGGAUGCAGGUAUUGACUGGGAGAGGGAGCGAGAGAUGGGGGUGCAUGCCCUGCUGCAGAUAAUACAGCUCAACCUUCCCAAGCUCUGGGACCCACCCAUCCCUGAGGAGGAGUUUGUCAGCCUAGUGAGUAAUACCUGCUACAAAUUGCUGGAGAAUCCUGGAAUAUCCAAGGCGAAGGACACAAGGGAGACAAUUUCUCACAUUCUUGGCUGCCUGGUGAAGAGGUACAACCAUGGCCUUGGAGCCAGCCUGAAGGUGAUCCAGUUGCUCCAGCAUUUCGAACACCUGGUGUCGCCGAUGUCUCUCACGGUGGAGCUGUUUGUCAACCAUUACGGGGCCAAGAGUGUUGUGUCCGAGAUUAUGAGAGAAAUCGGCCGCAUUGAUUCCCAGGACCUGAGUCGUGAUACGUCUGGGACGAGGGCAUACUCACUGUUCCUGGUGGAGCUGGCGGAGCGGGUGCCGGCAGUGAUGCUGCCCAACAUUAGCGUCCUGCUGUGUCACCUGGAUGGAGAUUCAUACUCAAUGCGGAAUGGUGUGUUGGGUGUGCUUGGUGAGAUCCUGCAGCGUGUGUUGUCUAAGGAUGGCCUGGACGAUAACAUGAAGAAUGCCAGAGGCGGAUUCUUUGAUAAACUAGAGGAACAUAUUCAUGAUGUUCAUGCAUUCGUCAGAAGUAAAGUUCUACAGAUCUGGUUGACAAUUGUCAAUGAAAAGUGUUUACCACUGCCACGCCAAGAGCACCUGGUUGCCAAGGUGAUCGGUCGCCUCCAAGACAAGUCCAGCCAGGUUCGCAAGUACGCCAUCCAGUUGAUGACAGCCUUACUCAAAUGUAACCCCUUUGCUGCCAAGCUGCCUAUAGAGAAGUUGGAGUUGAACCAUCAGAAGGAGGUAGAGAAGUUGGUGGAGAUGAAGCCUGCAGAGCAGCAGGCGCCACCCAUCCCCGACGACGUGCUGCAAGGCUUUGAAAGGGAGUGGCUGGCCGUUGAGCAGAAGCUGCUUGCCGCCCUGGAUGAGGACAACAGCCAAGAGGACACGCAGGACGAGUACAGCCAGGAGGACAUUAGUCAGGAGGACAUCACUAUCGCCAGUCAGUUGACCAGGAUCUACCACCUGCUCCUGGAGGGUCGAUACCUGUCUGCUGUGAAGGUUCUGUCAGCCACACAGCAGCAGUGGCCAGACCUGGCACCGAGGGGAGACAGACAGGAGGGGGGGCACACCACACAGAAUGGCGAGGAUGGACAGACGAGUCAGAGCGAAGAGAAUGAACAGAAAGAAGAGGACAAUGGACAGAAAGAGGGUCACAGUGCCGACAAGCCGGAGGCAGAUCCUGUGUCGGAGACAGUCACACAGCUGAAGGAGAUCUUCCUAGGCAACAAGAAGCUGGCCCAUUUGUCCGCCGCACCUGAUGCAGGAGAGGGAGAUGCUGCCAGCGAGGUGUGCAAGCAGCAGGUGCUUGUCCAGUACCUCAAGGACUCGCUGACGUUUGCCAAACAAGUACAGACAUCUGUCCCCACCAUCUGCCAACUCCUGGGAUCUAAGAACACAUCCGAUGUGUUUGAGGCUAUCGAGUUCUUCGUGACAGGGUUUGAGUUCGGUGUGACGGCCACCAUGUUGGGGAUCAGGCGGAUGUUGGCGUUGGUGUGGUCAAAAGAGUCAGGGGUGAAGGAGGCGGUGGUGACGGCGUACAAGAGGCUGUACCUCAGUCCCCAGGGUGGGAACCAGAGGUCGAAGGCCCUGGCCAUCGUGACGAACCUCACAGCCCUCACCAGCGGAGCCACCCUGGGAGACCUGACGUCACUGGAGGGGCUGGUUGUUGAGUUCAUUAAGAGCGGGGAGAUUGGACCGCCAGUGAUACAGAUGUUGUGGGAGAGGUUCACGCUGAAGGUGGCGCACACGACGGCAUCAGACAGCCGUGCAGCACUGCUGCUGCUCUCUAUGGCAGCUGGGUAUGACAACUUUAGUUUUUUCCCUACAAGAUAUAUCCCCAGCAGGAGAUUCAACCAGCGGGCAGAGAUGGAAAUGGUGAAGAGUAACAUUGAGGUGCUGAUCAAAGAAGGCUUGGGACCACGAGCUGAGGAGGACUUCCUGCUGGCCCAGAACGCCUGUCUUGCUCUUGUCAAACUGGGGUCUGCCAAGAAGAAUCGAGGGGAAACAGCAGCUGAGCCAUUCCGCCUUCCACAGACACACGAGCUGUUCUCCAGGCUAUCUUACUUGCUGGUGUCUGGUGUGACCAAGGUAGACAACCCUCACUGGAUACCCCUGGCAGAGUUGUCUGUGAACGUUAUCUACAAGCUGUCCGAGCACCCCGACCUGGUGUGUGGGGACAUCCUCAAGGCUCUGACUGCUAAAACCCUGCACCUCUGUCAGGAGUCGGGAGGGGAAGGAGCCACCAGCUCUGAGACCCCGCUUCCUGAGUGUGACUCAGGUCUGCUGACCCGGCUGCUGUCGCUGGCUGGACACGUGGCCCUCAAGCAGCUGGUGCACCUGGACGUGAGCGUGUUUGGGGAGGUGAAGCGACGGCUCGCCGUGCAAGAGGAGCGCAACAACAAGAAGAUGGCAGGGAGGAAGAGUGACACAUCACUCUCCAAGACAAAGGACAGCGUGAUGACAGAGCAGGAGACGGAGGAUGAGAUGGGGCUGGCGGGUGCGGCUGCAGAGGACACGGAGAGUGAAUACAUCCGCCGUAUCUGUGAGAUGGAGAUUGUCUCUGGAGCAGGACUGCUGUCUGAGUUCGAGCCUCUGCUGGUGGCUGUGUGUAGCUCCCCUAGCAAGUACCCCGACCAGCAGUUGCAGACAGCUGCAUCACUCGCACUCGCCAAGUUCAUGACGGUCAGCUCCGAGUUUUGUGACAACCAUCUGCAGCUCAUGUUUACAAUCCUGGAGAAAUCUCACAGCCCAAUCAUCCGCGCCAACACCAUCAUCGCCCUUGGCGACCUGGCCUUCCGCUUUCCAAAUCUCAUCGAACCCUGGACGCCGCACCUCUAUGGCAGACUGCGCGAUGAGUCUUCGCAUGUGAGGAAGAAUACACUGCAAGUUCUCACCCAUCUCAUUCUCAAUGACAUGGUGAAGGUCAAAGGCCAGAUCAGUGAACUGGCGUCAUGUAUUGUUGAUCACGAUGAGAGAAUCGCCAACCUUGCCAAACUCUUCUUCUUGGAACUGUCAAAGAAGGGUAAUGCUGUGUACAAUGUCAUGCCUGACAUCAUCAGCCGCCUCUCAGACCCCGACAUCGGCGUUGAUGAAGACAACUUCAACAUCAUCAUGAAAUACUUGUUCGCGUUCAUCCAGAAGGACAAGCAGUGUGAGAGUCUGGUUGAGAAGAUCUGUCAUCGGUUCAGAGCUACACGAGUGGAACGCCAGUCACGAGACCUGUCCUUCUGUCUGUCUAUGCUGUCCUACAACGAGAAGAGUAUACGCAAACUGCAGGAGAACUUCUCCUGCUACUCAGACAAGCUCUCUGAUGAUGCUGUGUACAACUGUUUCCUCACCAUCAUCAGCAAAGCCAGGUCCUUUCAGAAACAAGAGGCCAAGACGAUUGUUGAUGAAAUUGAGGAUCGUAUAGAACGGUGUCGCAACAAGGGGUUAGAGGAUGAUGAGAUAGCCCACAAAGCAAGCAAGGCAUCAGGGGCUGCUGCAUCACAUAAGGGGAAACACAAGACACCCGCCAAAACACCAGGGCGACGGCGGCGCAACACAGGGAAGGAAAAUUGUGAGUUUGAUGACAGUCCAUCCCAACAAAAAUGUCAACAGAAGAAAAAAUUGAAGGGAAAACCAAAACUGUCCUUCAGUUCUGAUGAAGAAAGCGAUGUAGAGCUGUUCAAUGUCAAAGAUGGUGGUGAUGGAUCUGAGGCAGAGGAUGACAUUGAUAAUACGUUUUCCGCGAAGAGUCCGGUCAACAAGCGCAGCAAGGGUGGAAAAGUCAAGUUGACACCGCGACAGAGAGGAUUGAGAUCUCUAAACACUUCAGAAUAGUAGACCUCUUUGUUAAUAUAUUCCACUGAUGAAAUGCUACAGAUCUUUUUAUUAUCUCUGUUCUCUCUUCCCUGUCCUCUCUACACUCCUCACCAGACAGAUGUGGCUCACUUCAUUACAGCCGGAGUAGGUAACCACAAACCAUUCCUGAGCCAUAAGUGCCCUGCUCCAAUAAACACCCACAGAGCAGGUGUUUUUUUUACCAAUCUGCAGAUAGUUUCAUCUUUAAUACUCCCAUGUAUGGUUUUAAUAAGCGCUUCACCUUGUGUUUCUGGAUUAACAGGUCCCUGGACCAACAGUUUCACUGUAUGUCAAGAAGAAUGUUGUUGAAAAAUCUUAUUACAGUUUAGAAAUUAUUCAUUAAAAUAAUAUAAUUCUCAUACAACAUUGUCCAUUCAGCAAAAUGCAUUUUUUAAAUAUUUUAGUAUUUAUUUUUCUAACUGGAUCAAGAAGUGAAGAAAGUUGUUCACCAGUCACACACCUUGUUAACUUCACUGCAGAAGCUGACACCAUCAGCUGCCAUUGUUGCCUCUUUGUUAUAUUGAGAUGAUUAAAUUACCAUUGCAGUAUA